AAAGUAAGUUCUGGGAAAUUGUCUGGUAGCGCUUUUAUUGUGAAGUGAUAACGAACCGGAAGUACUUAGCGCCGCUAGCAAUGGACCGCUCGGAAGAAAAGCUGUGGAGGACACCCCGGCCCUGUGAUUACUAUUGGAGUGAAUUCAGACAUUGCAAAAGCUUGUGGAAUCGUUUUCACCAGUAUUACACUUAUGGCACCUCACCGUCCUGCCAGCAGUGGAAGGAGGACUACCAUAACUGCAAAGAGUGGGAGAAACACAGAAGUGCCGAGGCCAAGGAAGCCUUGCAGGCGAGUGAAAGGGGCAGAGUGGCAGAGCAGAGAAAGUUCACCCCAGUGUGGCAACUGAGGAAAGACCCACCCAGUGACUGGUACAUGCCCCUGAAUGAGGAUAAGCCUCAGGAUUCCUGAACCGUCACUGAUACGCUGUCUCUGCUGUGGCCAAAGUGAAGACUCAAGAUUCUUCUGACUUAAUGGACUUAAACGAUAUGAUUUAGAGCCACAUGCUGGAGGGACUGGUCCUCACUGAUUGUCAUCUCAUGUUGUAUUAAGUGAGCUGCUGAAUGAAAACAGAUACAACAGUGAUGGCAACAUCUAGUGGCCUAGUGGUGAAGUACAAUAUGAUUUUUGCAAAGACAGUGUUGCUUUUUGCCGAUCAUAAAUAAUUAACUCUCCAAACUUGUGUAAAUUGAAGCACAGAGGCUGACUGUACUUACAGGCUCACUGUAAAUGAGUUUAAAUAGCAAUUGCCUUGUUUAGUGCAAGGAAAUGGCAAUAUUGGGACAAAUUAUACAAUUUCAACAUUUCAUAUCUUCCAUUAAAGUAAUGAAUGAUCUGUGGUGCAUCGUUUUGAUUGGUUGAUGCUGCACUACAAUGUACC